AUGCUACAACACAGAGGGUUGAAAUACGUGACAGUUGUGUUAACUUUCCUUUUACUCGGAAGCACUGAAGGAGUGUUUCGGAAUUAUGAGUCUCUAAAGAUCACUGUAAAUAUUGGUGCAAUUUUUCCACCUGGCUCAGUAUCAGAAGUUGCGUUUGCAUCGGCACUCGCACGUGCUUCCAUGGAAAGUGAAAAAUAUCACUUUGUCUUGAAGACUGUCUAUUCUCCCUACGGUGAUAGUUUUGCUGCAACGAAAGCUGCAUGCGAAUUAACCGCAGAAGGUGUAGUCGCCGUAUUCGGGCCUACAGACAUCGUAUCUGCUUCAGCCGUAGAAGCACACUGUCGAGCUUUCGAUAUUCCUCAUAUACAAGCAGUUUGGCGACCUCCUUCGGUGAGAGGGCUGCAAUUACCCAGUCCCCCUGGCAUCAAUCUAUACCCUGAAGCUAUGGCUCUUUCGAAAGCUGUAGCUCUUUUCAUAAAAGACAGUGAUUGGAAUACCUACACACUUCUGUAUGAUGAUGAUCUAGGCCUUAUCCGACUACAAGAAAUACUCAAGCAUGCUGACCCAGAACAUAAAUGGCGUGUUCGACGGUUAGUGCCGGGGGAAGACAAUCGUACAUUAUUAAAAUCACUAAAAGCCACGGGCGAGACCCGGGUAAUUCUGGAUUGUCCCGCAGAUCGAGUGCUGCAUUACCUGCGUCAAGCAAACGACGUAAAAUUCUUCGAAGAUUACAUGAGCUAUGUUCUCAUGUCGCUUGAUGCUCAUACAUUGGACUUGGAAGAGUUACGAUAUGGACUUUCAAACGUCACAUGCUUAAGAAUCUUUGAUCAUUCUGACUCAAGAACUAGAUCUUACCUAGCAGACUGGAAAGUGAGAGGCUCUCCUAAUGUAAAAAUUCCAUUGCAAACAUAUGAAAUAACAGUUGAAACAGCUUUAGCUAGUGAUGCAGCUCGGUUAAUAACAGAUGCAAUAGAAAGUGCGCCUGAUGAAUUUAAAAUAGAAGCACAACCUCUCGAAUGCGGCUCAAAGGAAAAGUGGGAGAAAGGAAAAGAUUUCACUGAUCAUUUACUAACGAAUCCCAUAGCAGGUAUAACAGGAAAAAUAGCUGUGGAUAAUGUUACGGGAGAGCGAAGUAAUUUCGAUGUUGAAAUAAUGGAACUUUCUAAUAGUGGAUUUAGCCGGAUUGCCAAAUGGAAUGCUGAAGUUGGUUUUGAGUAUGUAAGGUCAGCAAACGAAGUUUCCGACCUUUUGUCAGAAAAAUGGCAAAAUAAAACAUUCAAAGUAGUAACUCGAAUCGGAGUGCCAUAUCUUAUUGAAAAAGUGCCCGCGGAUGGAGAGGUGUUGACUGGUAAUGAUCGCUAUGAAGGUUAUUCGAAAGACUUGAUACACGAAGUUUUGAAAGAAACGUUGAAUUUAAAUUAUGAAAUUGAAAUAGUACCCGGCAAUUUGUAUGGGUCGUACAAUAAAGAAACAAAGAAAUGGGACGGUCUCGUGGGGCAUCUUUUAGAAAGGAAAGCGGACUUGGCUAUAUGCGAUCUUACUAUAACGUAUGAACGAAGAUCCUACGUUGACUUUACGACACCGUUUAUGACUUUGGGCAUCAGCAUUUUAUACUCGAAACCUACAUCGCCGGAACCGGAAUUGUUUUCAUUUCUAAAGCCUUUCUCAGUGGACGUCUGGAUUUAUAUGGCAGCUGCGUAUUUAAUGGUGUCAUUACUCCUUCACAUUUUAGCAAGACUAGCGCCAAAUGAUUGGGAGAAUCCACACCCGUGCGACAAAUCGCCAGAGGAAUUAGAAAAUAUAUGGCACAUAAAAAAUUCGUGCUGGCUUACAAUGGGCUCCAUCAUGACACAGGGUUCGGAUAUUUUACCAAAGGGCUAUUCCACCAGAUGGAUAUGCGGCAUGUGGUGGUUUUUCGCGUUGAUCAUGUGCUCUUCGUACACAGCGAAUCUCGCUGCAUUCCUCACCAAUGCUGCUAUGGACGACUCGAUCAAAAACGCAGAAGACUUGGCGAUGCAGACGAAAAUCAAAUACGGAACUGUAAAAGGAGGAUCUACUUACUCGUUUUUUAAAAGGUCCAACGUAUCGAUAUAUCAAAGAAUGUGGGGAGCCAUGGAUUCAGCAAAACCAUCAGUAUUCAUGGCUAACAACGACGAAGGUGUAGAACGAGUGCUGAAAAGUAAAAGGACCUAUGCAUUCUUCAUGGAGUCAACUGCUAUCGAAUAUCAGUUGGAACGGCACUGCGACUUAAUGCAAGUAGGGGGCUUACUGGACUCCAAGGGAUACGGAAUAGCCAUGCCUUUCUUUUCAUCAUACCGCACAGCUGUAGAUAAUGCCGUCUUAAAGUUGGCCGAGAGCGGUAAACUAGUUGAGCUCAAGAAUCGUUGGUGGCAGGCGCCCGCCACUGGGGCUUGUGAGGUGGAAGAGGAUGGUGACGAUGGAGCAGCAGCAGAGCUGGGUGUAGAUAACGUUGGUGGCGUGUUUGUGGUACUAGGAGUAGGGUGCGGUAUAGCAGCAGCAAUGGGAAUGUUUGAAUUCCUCAUGCAUGUCAGAGAAGUGGCUGUAGAACAAAAGAUGACACCAUCCGAAGCUUUUUGGGCCGAACUCAUAUUUGCCAUAAGUUUCUGGGAAACGGAGAAACCGGUACAGCACUCCAGGCCAUCUUCCACCGCAUCUGGUUCUGGAUCCGGAUCGAACGCAGCAUCCAGAGCGUCAUCGGUCUUACGUUCAGCCACUGAUCUGUUCCGACUAGAUAAUGUGUUCAGAAGCAUAUGAUCAGACGGCUGGAUGGUGAGCCGUAUCACCAGGAAUAUCAGAAAUGCGGUGCCGCCCUUUCUCGAAGGUUUUCGAGUCGUAUUUAUGAUAAACACUUCUGGUUACGACAAAACUGUGGAAUAUAUUGUCAUUUCACAGUUUUGUCGCAGAUGGUAA